AUGGGAAGGUCCAGGUUCCCAGGGAAACCCCUUAAGUUUCAUAACAGAAAGCGUAUUAGUGUGUUGUCCGGGACUGUUUACCACGAAAAUGCAGCUGAUAACCACGCAGCGAGUCGUAGCUCGACUAGCAAUGACUUUUCUGGGGAGAAAGAGGAGGAAGAGAAGAAGGAGAAUAAUAAUGCAAAAGAGGCAGAUCCAGAAAGCAAUGAGAAUAAAGAUACAAUAAGUGUAUGUGAUAAACCAGAUAAUCCAGAGUCAAAUAGUGAUUUAUCAACAUCCCCAGUCCGUACGAGAUCACAAAACAAAAUGGAACCACUAAAAACAGAUAAACCCAAACCAGUAAAGAAAACAGUCACUUUUGGUACAGUGGAAAGCUGUGAAGACAUAUUAUUGCCUCUGAAAAAGCUUCCAAAACAUCAUGCUCCCUUAGUAUCAAUAAUUAAAAAGAAGUCAGCCCUCAAACAAUCAGAACAUGCAUAUACAAGUAUAUUAAAACCUGCUAAACUUACGGAUCUAAGCUCUAAAUCUUCUUUGGAAUAUCAAGAAGGUUAUCUAAAGAAGAAUUUAAAUCCACUUUCUAAAUCCAGCAACAAAUUUUCUCAAUUCAGUGAUAGUAGAUGUAUAUCACCUCCACCAAGAAUCACAUCACCAAUAGAGAAAGAAAGCAUAGGGUCAGUGAAAUUCUUGCCAGUGAGAAGUAGCCAUUCUUCUAGAGUCAUAAAACCCAAUAAAAGAUUCAUUGAUGGUGAAGAACAAACAACAACAUCUAUCAGUGUAAGCUCUGGCAAAGUUUUGAAGAAACCAAAAUUAAAGAGGCUAGUAUUUAACAAUAUACAUGAUGAAGAUUCUACAAACGAUGAGGUGAUGGAUAAUGCUGAAACACAAGAAAAACAACAAUCAGCAAAUAUUUUUAAGGAUAAACCAACAAAUUCCUUUUCUAGCCUUACAAACACUUCUAGAAAGUCGUCACAAGAUUUGUUUUAUGAGAAGGAAAUUGAGUUUCCUCCAGAUGAGAAUUCAAAUAUAGAUGAGAAGAUUAAAUCACCAGAGCCAGGUAAAGAGGAAAGAGGACAUUCAAUGAGGAGGCUGAUGGACAUAUCAGAUGCAAGUAGUUCGAGUCAUUCCAGUAGUGGUUCAGAAUCUGAGGAAAGUUGGGAAAGCGAAAGUCCAAAACACAGUGAUGAUGAGGAGACAAGACCGCCAUUGAUAAGUCCAGAGAAAGACAAAUCAGCUUCUCAGUUACUAAGUGGUAAAGUUAUAAUAAGAGAAGCUAGGUUGCAGUUAGCAACUACUCCAGCUACAUCUGGGUUAGAUGGACCCUUUUCGGGUGUUGGAUCAGCAUCAUCAAAUAACACUCCUACUACUGUCACAUGUGGUGUGUGCGGAGCUGUCCGAUUCUACAAAUUUGUCAAACAGGCUCGAAAAUUUGGCAUUUAUUCAUGUGAAUCAUGUCGCAAGUUUGUGUCGAAACUACUGAAGAAGGAUCGUAUGGCUUUAAAAACAUCACCACUUGUCCUGCAUUGUGUAAGGGGUGAAGGUAAUUGUCAAGUCCCACCUGUGGUUCGUUCUCAGCAGUGGAAAUUAUUUAAAUGCUCUAAUAAAGCAAGGUGCCCAGCUUGCUGGCUCAAGCUAUGUUUGAAGGCAUUCCAAGUUCCCACGGACAAAAAAGCAAUACUUAUGUCUAUGUUACCAACUUACAUGAGGUCAGGUAAUAAACCAAAUGGCCCUCUUGCACAAUUGAAAGUUGGCGCUAGCAACACUAUAUCAGGCACAACACCUGUAUUCAGUUCAUUGCCUACAAAUGAUAUGGAUAAUAACAUCUUUGCUUUGAAAACAUCAAAGAAAGCUGAAGGAUUUGAGGAGGAUACUAGCAAACCACAAAAAGAACGAAACAAUGAAAAAGAACAAGAUCCUAAUAGUAAUAGAAAGCGUCGUUUAGCGAAGAUUAAAGUGCGUAAGAAAGAAAAGAGUGAUUCAAAGCUCACGGAAGAUCCAAAACGGCAGAAAAUGGAACUAAAAGGACCUCGAGUUAAACAUGUCUGUCGGAGUGCAUCAAUUGUUCUUGGCCAGCCUAUUGCAACAUUUCCGACACAAGAAGAAAAAGAUAAAGAAAAACCUGUUUCUGAUGAUGAUACGCCAAUGUCUAUUGUUGAGAAGGACCAAGCCAUACCUGAGUUAUCUAGUGAAUUGGAAGACACAGAGAAUAAACUACAGAUUGUUCCAGAAAUAAUAGUCAAGGGGGUAGAACAAGAAGUUCAAAUAGAACCUAAGAAAAGAAAGGCUGAAGCUCCCACUAUUAAACCAAGCAAAAUGGAGACUAGUGAAGAUGAGACUAUACUUGAUGCUAUUCCAAAGAAGACAAGCUUGAAGCCAUUAACUAAUAUAACUAAUAUCCGAGGAAGGGCUCAAAAGUGUGGACAGAAUAGGCCUGAACUUAUAUGCGUAGAUUUCUGGGAAAGUUACGAUCCUGAUGAAGUAUGCAACUCUGGUUUUGGCUUGAUUGGAACUGCACCAUUUACAGUUGCAAAACUCUGCUUUUUAUGUGGUAGUGCAGGAAAGGAAAAGAUGCUGGUAUGUUCCAGCUGUUGCGAGUGGUACCACAGUUGGUGCGCGGAAGAUGCUAAUGGCGGAGCAGGAUGGACAUGUGCGCGGUGCGUAUGGUGCGCCGCAUGUGCGCGACCCGCAGCCCGUUUACGAUGUCGGUCGUGUGCUAAGCAUUAUCAUGCAGCGUGUUUACCUUCUGCACCGCCAGACCAUCGCAGCGAUUGGCCCCAGAUCUGCAGUGCAUGCCUCAAGUGCAAGAGUUGUGACAGUAGCCGAGUCAAUAAGUUUGUUGGGAGUCUUCCGUUCUGUCGACCUUGCUUCAAGCUACGCCAAAAAGGCAACUAUUGUCCUCUUUGCCAAGCUUGCUAUAGAGACAACGAUUUCGAUAGCAAGAUGAUGGAGUGUGGUUGGUGUGCAAGAUGGGUUCACGCAAGUUGCGAAGGUCUUUCGGGAGAGGGGUAUCAGCUUCUCUCAGCACUACCGCCAUCCAUUGAGUACAUUUGUUGUAAGUGUAUGCCUCAAGAUCCACCAUGGCGAAAAAUGUUGACUGAACAUCUAAAAGGAAGACUAUUACAUCUAUUAAAACUCCUCGCCAAGAACAAAAAGGCAUGCGCCCUUUUAAAACUCACCCCACACAAAAAUACUCCAGUGCCUAACAAACCGUAUAGAUUGACGUCACCUCAAGCAAUUAGAAAGUUACAUUUUGAUACUGGGGAUGAAACUAUGAAGAAUACAACAGAAACUAAAGUCUAUCGGAACACGGCAAAAGGCCGGCGCAGCACUCUGAAACCUGACGAACCGAACGCGUCGCAAACAUGGCAAUGUGCAUUGUUAAAUGACGUUGAAAUGGAAAAGGAAGAUAUUCCUCACACCUCGCAUAAAGUCGUUAACCUUCAGGAACCGUUGAUGCAGAACAAAGAAAUAUGCUUCUCAACAGGCUUAAAUAAAACAGAGUUUAGUACGUCAUGUGUGGAAGUACAUGAAAACAACCCCACAGAAAAACAGGAGAAAGCAAUUGCUAUGUCACCAUCUUUGUUGGAUAAAUAUGAACCUAUAUCAGACGACGAUGAAGUUGUAGAUAGAUUCCCACAAGCUCGUAGUGAACAAGACUUAAGUCCAGCUAUUGCGCGGCCGAAUCAAGAUGACGAUAUCGAAGACAUAAAUAGACUUAUCUCACCAUCUCUGUUGGAUAUAAAGAAAAGAGUCAAUAGUGAUGAAUAUGUUUCACUAAAGGACUUCAAUCACGAUAUGAGAGAUGUGAUAGAACGAACGGCAAGUGGUGAUCUAUCAUCGAUUUAUAAAUGCUUGUUUUCAGAGACAUUUCCUUGGUUUGACUGUGAAAGUAAUUGCCUUCAACCAAAUCUCGAAGUAGAAGGGGAACAAGACGAUUCAGAAUCACUCAAAGAUCAUGAAAUGACAGAUACUAAAGGCUUAAAGAUAGCUGUGCAUUCUGUGGAAAGGCCGCUCGAUCAGAUUGUUCCAAAACUUGAAUCUGAAAAACAGAAUGAGGAAGAGGAUCUUUUGGAGUUUUAUCCAAUUACAGACUCACGGAUGUGUAUACUAUGCAAAUCUACUAGCGAUGGUUUACCGUCAAUUGAAGGAAGGCUCUUAUACUGUGGCCAGAACGAUUGGAUACACGCCAAUUGCGCCUUGUGGUCGGCAGAAGUGUUCGAAGAAAUCGAUGGCUCGUUACAGAAUGUACAUUCAGCAAUUUCCAGAGGCAAAAUGAUUAAAUGCGCAACUUGUGAACUUAAGGGAGCGAGCGUCGGAUGCUGCGCGAAAAAUUGCAGCGAGACCUAUCAUUAUGUAUGCGCAAGAAGAACUAAUUGCGCAUUUUUAGAUGACAAGAGAGUAUUUUGUCCCACUCACGGUAAAGACAUUCCAAAGAAAAGCCUGCAAAAAGAUGCCGAUUUUGAAUUAACGAGACCAGUAUAUGUUGAACUCGAUAAAAAGAAGAAAAGAUACAGCGAAAUAAGUAAAGUCCAGUUUUUCAUGGGGUCACUAAGCGUGAAUAGUUUAGGAAAAAUUGUACCAUCAGUGUCUGAUUACGAGGAUUUCCUAAUGCCUGUCGAUUUUUCGUGUACGCGCCUCUUUUGGUCGUGUAAGAAGCCAAGUAAGAUUGUGAGAUAUACAAUAAAGACUAAGCUCAUUCUGGCUGAACCAUUACCGGGCUUUGAUUUUGGAGUAAACAUAACCGUAGACCAUACAAUGGACGUCCAGGUAGUCGAACGAGUGAUGGCUGAAAUUGGCGCCUGGCAUCAGAGCAUAGAAACAGGCUCGAGCAAAGCAUUGAUGCGCAAGAGCGAUAAGUCACCUAUAAAAUUCGGUACUGGAGUGACUUUAGAAGAUUUAGCUGUAAAGCAAGUUGUGGAGUAUUUGCUUGAUAACGUUUGUAAACAAGAACAGCAAGACGAAGAAGAGCCACAAAAUACAGCAGAUCUUCUACCUCCCGAAGUAAAAGACGCCAUAUUUGAAGAUCUCAAUCAUGACCUUCUAGAUGGGAUAUCUAUGCAAGAUAUUUUUCCCAAAUUGAUGUCGUAUGAAGAUCUUGUAGCCAUGGAUUUGAAGAGUGAAUUUUAUGGAGCUAUGAGUCAAUCUGAUGAUAAAGCGGAUUCGCGGUCGACAGAUUUCAUUGAUGAGUUAUUAAACGCUCGAUUAGAAUCUGGAAGCAAAGAGCUGAAAAGAAGUAAAUCAGAAAUGCUGUUGCAGAAUCACAGCCUUAAAUCAUUGACCACUGGUCGCGGGCAACAAAGAUCGUCAAGUCUGACAUGGAAUAAUAAAUUCGAUUCAACCCUACUCUCUUCUACUAUAAAGAGGUGUAAAAUGGGAAAGUCCUCCACAGUGACUGGUAAAAUGAGCCCUGUCCAGAGAUUGUCAAUAACCGAAAGUGCGCUGGAAACGAUCAAAGAAAAUGAAAGAACCACUGAUAAAAAACUGAAACGGGAAACUGUCACUUCCAAUGAGAUAUGUCCAGAAACACCACACUCAUCAGGAAUCAACUAUCGCACGACAUCCCCUAAACAAAAAGACGAAAGCACUGAAAAGACAGAUAAGAACGAAGGAUACUACACAGAUGUCAUAGAUUUUUACACUAAAAUACAAUGCAGCCCGAUUUCUCAGUUGGAUGGUGCUGCUGAUUGGUCCGGUUCAGAGAGCAACUGCAGCUCAAGACCGGGUAGCCCUCAUGACAUUUUUACGCCAAUACAACAAUUAGACGGGGCCGACGACCAUAUCGAUAACAUACAGAAGAAUCAAACAAAUCAAUUCCUAUACAGGGCUUCCGGGUCUGAGAGUACUUAUACUGUGACAAUAGCCGGAAACUCCAUUAGUGGCCAACCUGAACUAGUCAUGCGACCUUUGGACGAUAACGGAUCUGGCCAAAUGGAACAGCUGGUAAGAUGUGACAGAUGUCAGUGCACCUACAGAAACAAAGAAUCGUAUGACAGACACAUCCCAUCGUGCGAUAUGAUGUCUACAAGUGAAAGCGAGAGUGAAAACCCUAAAUCUCCCGAAAAUAGAACAUUAACGACACUGCAGAAUGCUUUUCAAAAUGCAUUCGCUCAGCCCAUGAUUAUACACGCGGGAGUCGUCAGCGGAAGCGAUAGUACUGUUAAAGCAGAGUCUAUUUCUACCAGAAGAACAUCAAUUAACACAAGACAAAUAACAAUUAACGGAACGAUUGUCGAAACCCCAUCACCCGGACCAAACAACGAGAUGACGAUGACCAUAACUGAACAAAUGAAAUCUGGAACAGUUAUAUUCGAUCAAAGUAAGACGAACGUACAGGUUUCUUCGAAUCAACAGGUUCUGUCUUCACCGCAAAUUGUUGUCACUCCUCAGAUGUUACUCCCCCCUAAAACGAGUUCCGCAGGCGGCCAAAAGUUAAUGGCGCCACAAAUAAUUACUCAGCCUGGAAUACUACCUUACAACAUCUGCGUGAAGCCAGGCAAUGGUAAUGGAAAUAUACAACAGAUACACAGCGGCGCUGAUAUGACUCAUUUAUUGACGGGAUCCGGAGGCAUUCAAGUCAUCUCAUCGAAUUCCAAUCAAGUAUUAACAAUCCCUUCAAAUCAAAUGAUUCAAGGGAAGAGCCAGAUCGCCAACUUCCCAAAUAUGGCUAGUGCCAGCUCCAUAGCAUUGCCAGUGAAUUCAAUUCAAAGUAUGCCUAAUACUUCUAUUAUUCAGAACAUUCAACCCAUGAUAAGACCACAGUUGCAGGGCAAUACAAUAGUAGUACCGGCUAUGACCGCUCAACGUUUAUCAUCUCCGAAUUCACAAGGCAAACAACAAAUCAUAUUACCGGGGACUCCUCAGAAAUCCCCUAAAAAGCAACCAGCCCCGGUUCAGCCGAAACCUCUAUACCAAGCGACAAAUAGAGGUAGGGGAAGAGCUAUCCCUAAACCGGCUAACACAAUUAAACGACAUACGAAACUCGAGAAAACAAUAACGACUAUAAAUCAGUCACCCCUUGGGCCGGGGAAUACCGUCAUCCAGUUGCAGACAAAUAAUCAGACCGGCCAGCCUUCAAUAAUAGUACAGCCGGUGGCGAACCAAAAUAUUAUGUCCUAUGUUGAAGCAUUGUCACAGCAACAGAAUCAAAAUAUGCAGUACAUCGCCACUAUUGCACCUCAAAGCGAUUUUAAGACUGGAGCGACGCAAUUCAUAUCCCAAGGCAGUCUAAUGCCACAGACCUUCCAAAUACAACAAACGGAAUCAGGAGGCCUCGUAGCUGUACCGAGUGGGGGAAUACCUGUGUUACUGCCACAAGGAAACGUCGUUCUACCUCAAACUUUACAGCAAGGAGCAACUAUUUUACCACAAGGCGCCUUACAAACACAAGGAAUCAUAUCUCAAGGUCCUAACGGUCCUACCAUUUUACCACAAGCGAUACACACGCAAAAUGGAACUACCAUCAUACCACAAAGCGCCAUUCAAGGUCUAACACAAGGAAACCUAACAUCCCAAGCUACUCUUUUACCCAAUAACACGCUGCAAACGGCUGGGGCAACCGUCGUGUCCCAAAGUGGUAUAGGCAACGGUCAGACGACCAUUAUACCCAACGCAUUGCCAUCGCAGGGCAACACUAUUAUAUCACCAGCUACCGGUACGACUAUUUUACCUCAAGGCACAAUACUGCCACAAUUCUGCAAUGACCAAGUAAUCCUUGGAUCGGCUCCCACCUUGGAAAUGGUGACCGAUCCAUCAGGCUGCAUGUACUUGACGACACAACCGGUAUACUAUGGCCUAGAAACGAUCGUGCAAAACACUGUUAUGUCGUCACAACAGUUUGUCUCUACUGCCAUGCAAGGGGUACUAGCUCAAAAUAGUAGCUUCUCGGCGACUACGACUCAAGUCUUUCAGGCCAGCAAAAUAGAACCAAUCGUAGAAGUUCCAACCGGAUACGUCGUAGUUAAUAGUGUCGGGGACGCCACACACGUGGCUUCGUCGGGAGCUAAUGUCGUCACUGGACAAACUGUCCAGUCGACUCCACAAAUACUGAAAAACGUCAAAACAAGUGUACCCAAUCUUACCCUACAACCACUACCAGAUAAACAAUCCCAUAAUAACAGACAGACUCCGAAGGUUGUACAAAUGGCUCCCGCGCAGAUGACGUUGGGACCGCAGUCCAUUGCUAACCUAAUGAACGGAAAGCAUCUUAAUCCUAUAACAUCUCAGGUCCACAAUAUGACUUUAUCUAAUAGUCAAAAUAAUCAGAAAGCCAUAAUAUCAAAGCACAACAGCGUGUCGAUGUCACCAAACGUUACGCUAGUUUCGUCUACUGGGCAGCCCGUUAUGGCUAUAUCACAAUCGAUACCUAAUUCGGCAUCUGUGCCAUUCUCUUUGCAAUCUAUUCCCCUGUCGCAACCUAUUGUUUCAAGUUCGAUCUCGUCGAAUAAAAACAACUCUAUGAAGCUCGAAAACUCUCAUGUGAUCGAGAUAAGUGGAAACUUAAAUGACAAUUCCAACUGCAACAGCAUGCCUACUAUAAGUGUCACUCAGAGCACCAAAUCGCCAACGCCCUGGAGACAGAUCAAUACACCAACGAGCAUUCAUAUGGGCGACAAUAAAAUUGAGAUACAUAAUCUGGGGCUGAAGACGAACGCAACAUCUGUUCCGUCCAGUAUGAACAAUGUAGGUGGACGUCAAAUGUCUCAUAUUGACCCCGAAAAGAAUAACCAAAACUGUCUACUUUCAAUUAACAACAGUAAUUCAAUAACUGGAUCGUUGCAUUCUCAUCAAUUCGACAUAGGCAGUCACGCUAGCAAUAACCCAAGUAAUACUUCGAAUAAUAUUAUACAAAUAAGCUCAGGUAAUAUCUACUCUCCAGCUUGCUCCUUAUCGAACAAUUUCGAUGCUGAUACCACUUUAAAAUUGAGCAAAAUAAACGCGCUCUCUAAAACUGAAGGUGGCCACAUGAACUUUUCACAAGAAAUCAUGGCGGCGCACUCGCAACAACACAUUCAAAGCGAAAAGACAUUCCAAAACAUGGGAAACAAUGAAAACAAACACAACGCGGACAACAUGAUUGGUUCGAUGAGUAUUCACAAGAUGAGCAGCUGCCAAGUAUCCAACAACAUGAAUAAUAUCUCGUCGCCAUCGAUAAGUCUAAUUCCGCAUAAUACGAUCCGACCUCAAAUGCAAAACAACCAGAAUUCAAUAAAUAUCACAAAUAAUCAAAAUCAAAUGUGUUCAAUUGCUAGUGGCUCGCAUGGACAAAUGCAGAUAAUGAAUACUGUAAAUACGUCUAUGCAAAACGUUAAUAUGUCAUGUCAUGAGCUAACAAACAGUAGAGUUAACGUAUCUGCGCCAAGUGAAAACAUGACGCAACAAAACAACCAGCAACAUGACAUUAAUUCAACAGUAAAUAAUACCACUUUGCCUCAUGGAAAUAUGCAAAUUAUAUCACACGACAAUUCACAGCUAUCUCAGAAUAAUCAGAUUCAUAUAAUGAAUGGACAGAUUCAACACAAUCGACAAGCUGACAACAAUCAAUUACAACAGCAGCAAAUGAACCAAGGGCAAAAUAAUAGGUAUCACGACAAUUUAAUGAAUAACCAGUCGAAUCAACACCAAGGUAGCAUGAUGUCUUCGCGAAGUACACCCGAUAACAACCUGAUAAGUCAGAAUAUGAACAUACACGGAAUGGCAAAUUCUCAUAAUAUGAAUCGCCAGGAAAUGAAUAACAUCAAUCAAAUUCAUAUGAACCAGUCGCUUAACAACAUCAACAACAUGCAAAGCAACAGGAUGAUGAUGGAUAAUAUGCAGCAGCAUUCGAUGAAUAACAUGAAUCAUCAGAUGCACUCAAAUAGAACGAUGGAAUCUCUACAUAAUCAACAAUUGCAUACGAUGCAGCAACAAAUGAAUCAUCACACCACAAAUAAUGGUAGACCACAAAUGGAUUCAAACAUUCAUAUGAAUCAACAAAUGACAAUGCAACAAAACAGACAAAUGGAGAAUGUUAUUCAUCACCAUCAACACCAGAUGCCUAACGUUAUGCAAAUUCAAAAUAAUCGAGCUCACAUGGAUAAUAACCUUAUCGAUAUUCACCAGCAUGUUUCGAACCAAAUGCAUAAUAGACAACAGAUGGACAAUAAUAUGCAUAUGCAUCACAUGCAAGGACCUAAUUCUAAUAUGGGUCAUGGGAACCAAAUGGAUAAUACAAAUGCAAUGUCUACUAUGCAUAAUAUUCGCCACGAUAACAGUUCCAUGGGUAUGCAAAAUCACAACACUCUAAAUCAAAUGCCAAAUAAUAGAACAUCUUUAGAUCAUGGGAACAUGAUGCAACAUCAGAUUAAUAAUAUGAAUACUGUCAAUAACAUGAACAUGCACAACAAUAUCAACAGUUCUAUGCAAAUCAAUAACAGUAGCCAUCAACUGAGUAGUUCCAUUUUGCAUAUGCCAAAUAUACCUGACAUUAAGAAUGAAAUUCAAAAUGCGUGUAGUAAUACUUGUGCCAAUAAUAAUACUUCUCAGUUCUCUAAUAGUCAGUCGUUUGAAUUGUGUUCUAACAUGAAUACAAAUAAUAUCAAUUUAAACAAUUCUGGAAAUAUGAUACAUGGUAAUAUGGGAAUUAGCAAUUCGAACAACAUGUCUAAUAGUAUGAUCAUGAACAACACGAGCAAUAAUGCGAUCUACGGAAAUAAUAACCAAAGCAAUUUAUCUGCUCACGACAUGUUAUUGAGUUGCAAUAAUUCAACCGAAAAUGCCAAUCUUUUAUCAAAUAACAACAAUCGAAUGAUGAUAAAUAAUACUCCAUCACUAAACAAUAAUAAUCAAAUUCAAAUGAUGACAAAUCAAGUGUCUAAUAACUCCCAAAUGAACAUAAAUAGCUGUAUGAAUCCAAAUAACACAGUGCAAAACCAAUUACCCAAUUUGGAAAACCCAAUGAGUACUGCUAGAAAUAUGUCGAUAAAUGACCCGCCUAAAUUUUCUGGAGAAACUAUACGAGGCAAGAAUAUUAUGGCAUCUGUUAAUGCUAAUAUGGCGAUCACAAACCAUCAGAAUAACGACUGUAGUAAGGUGAAUAUUGUCGGCAACAACGAAAAGCAAAACCACACAAUAUCUGUUAACAAUCAGAUGAAUUAUAUGCAAAUGAACGCGCCAAAUGCCAAUAGAAUUAUUAAUUUGCCAGAAAGAAACAGAAUGAAUACGCCGACCCUUGAUAAUACUAUCAAUCAAAUUCCACAACAACAUAACAUUCGGGUUGUUACUAAUAACAGCAACAACAAUGUACCCAACGUGACUCCUGACCCGCUAACAUUCCAACAAAAGACUGAAGCAAAUAGCACUAUGAUAAAUGUACCCUUCCAAGCUAUACCAAAUAGUGCACCGAUGAAUAUCAAUGUUAACUCGAGUAAUAAUACUGUAAACAUAACAGUCCAAAAUAAUCUCGUGGAUCCAAAGAUUGCAUCUAAGGCGGCGGACUUGAAUUUCCCACUUCCUUCUACUAACAAUUUAUUGCAAAACCAAAAUAAUACCAACAACAUGAUCUGUAUACCAGUACAAAAUAACACGAUCAACUUGCCGACCCAGAACAGUUCCAGUAUAACAUUGCCCAAAGCUCCCCCUACUCAGCAAUCUGGUAUACCGACGAACGUCGUUACGCCUAUGUCCAUGCGACCCAUGAAUCGAGUCUUACCUUUACACAGAGAUGGACAAAGUAAAUUUAAAAAUGUCGGACCGAAGACUUCAACCGCUCCUAAACAAAGAACAAUCAGUCACGACAUGCCUGAUCUGACUGUGAAAGACGAGAAUAUUGAUAGUGAUUUGGAAAGAGCAAUAGAAGAGUCAAAACGUAUGAUGGAACUCGAAAAAGCAAAGCGGGAGAAAGAGGAAAGAGACGCAGCUAGAGCCAUGCAAAUGUCUUCUGAAAUUCCUCAAGCGAAUACUAGUACCGCAUCAUCUGACACAUCGAGAUCGGAAAGAGUCGAGCUGGUCCCUAAAAUGACGGCAUUGCCGAGUCUAGAUGCUGAGAUUGAACUAGAGCCAGCUAAGGUCCUAAUUGAGAAGGAUAUUAAUAAAUCUCAAGCGGCACCUAAAACCAAUCCAUCUCCUAAGAUAACGAAACGCCCUCUCACUGAUAAAAAGUCGGAAUCUGAAGCGGUUAUUACGAAAAAGCAGAACAAAAUCUACAAGGGCCAAGAGAAUAAAGCAGGUUUACCUAAGCAGGCGCCAGAACCGCCAAAGGAUGAUGGGCCCAAAUUAAUAUAUGAAGUGUCAUCUGAGGACGGAUUUACCUACAGUUCAUCGUCCCUAUCUGAUCUAUGGUCCAAAGUUAUAGAAGCUGUACAAAACGCUAGAAAGGAGUCUGGUCUUCCGCUCAUGCAGUACAAUCUACCAUCUACACUCUCUGGUGCACAUUUGCUCGGUCUCAACAACAAUGCAUUGAGAUACCUCAUUGAACAACUCCCUGGCGCAAACCGGUGUUCCAAAUACAAGGUUCGACAAGGGCGGGCACUAAAUAGUUGGGACAAUGACUUGGAUCUCAGUGAAGGCUUCAAGGAGAGUCCUUGGGGAAGCGCACGAACCGGCCCUAUAUCGAGGAAACAGAACCAUGAUAUGUUUAGUUGGAUGGCUUCGCCGUUUAGAGAGGAGCCACCACCAUUCGGUGGGCAAGAGGGAGAAAGCUCUAUAUCAAGGCGUCUGGCAACACUACCGCCGGCAAUGAGAUUUAGGCAACUGAAAGAGACAUCGAAAGCUUCAGUGGGCGUGUACCGUUCUCACAUUCACGGUCGGGGUCUUUUCUGCAAGCGUGAUAUUGAAGAAGGUGAUAUGGUGAUCGAAUACGCCGGUGAGGUAAUACGAGCAGUGCUGGCUGACCAGCGCGAGAAGAAAUAUGAAGCCAUGAGCGGACGCCGCGGAGUGGGCGGGUGUUACAUGUUCCGAAUUGACGACAACUUAGUGGUGGACGCUACUCUUAAGGGCAACGCCGCGAGGUUUAUCAACCAUUCAUGCGAUCCCAAUUGCUAUUCCCGGGUUGUGGACAUCCACGGACACAAGCACAUCUUGAUAUUCGCACUGCGUCGCAUCACCAUCGGCGAAGAACUGACCUACGACUAUAAGUUCCCCUUUGAAGAGGUCAAGAUACCGUGCACCUGCGGUGCCAAGAAAUGUCGCAAAUACCUAAACUAG